AUGAGCCCAGGCGAAUUCAACGGAAGCCGGCUAGUGAGACGACGCGUCGCGAAACGAAUGAGUCGGAGAAGGGAGAAGCGCGCGCAGCGCGAUGUCGAGGGUGCAGGGGGAGGCGCGGGGCGCGGCGUACGGGCGGCGAGGGGGGCAAACGCGCGCGCGCGCGCCACCGUGCGGCGAACAGGUGGCCACCGAGCCAGCCGGUUUAUGCCCCGCGCGCCGAACACCCCACCCGAUAUUACACUACACAGGACCUGGAUUAACUUUAUUGCACAAAGGUCGAUAUAA